AUGUCGAACGAUUAUCACCGACGCUCAAAUCAUUAUCAUGCAUCAUCAUCAUCACAUCAUCAUCGAUCCACCAAUUCAUCAUUUACUAAACAUAAUCGAUCUUAUUAUUCAUCACCGUUAGAGAAAUUAGAUAAAUUAACCAAGAAAUUUACACCGAAGAGAGUAUUAGAAAAUGACAAAUAUAACAAGCUGUGUCAAAAUGGUGAGUGUGAUCUAUUUGAAAUUCCAUCUUCUUCAUAUAGAUAUUAUUAUAUACAUCGAGCAACAUCUAUGGACAUAUUAAAUGAUUUAAUUGAUUAUGCCAGUCAAACAACACAUUAUACAAUUGACACUGAAGAUCAAAUGCAGUCCCCACCUCAUCGAUCAUUGGCAGCAUUAAUCCAAAUCGAAUUUACUUAUUUAAAUGGUCCAUCUAUUAUCAUUCUUAUUGAAACUUUACAUCUACCACCGGAAAAUUCUCAAACAUUUAACAAAAUAAAACAAUUGUGCAAAAUUAUAUUUUCGGAAGGCCAUCAUGUUUAUUCUUGGGGAGAAUUAGAAGAUGAAAUGGGAAAAUUUUGCAAGUUUAAUUUAUUUGAUAUAGAUGAUAUUAAUCAAGUAACACCAAACAACACACAAAAGGGUUUUAAAAAAUGGUACAAUGAAAAUUAUCCAACAUCAAUAUAUCUUAAAGAGAAUGAUAAUGAUAAAUAUUCAUUGCAAUUAGCCAUUUAUUUAACUUUUAAUGAAUGGCUAAAUAAAAGAAUGACUUUAGCCAAUUGGGGAUGUGGUAUUGAUAUGAAAUUAGAAACAUUUACUCCAAAACAUCCUAUUCAACAUAAUCAACAUCAAAUUAUCGAAGAUGAAAAAUACGUUCGUGAACUGAUGACAAUUUACGCAAUGAAUGAUUGUUUUUCAGUCACAAAACUUGCUCAACAUAUAGAAUCAUCGGAAAAAUCAACACAACCACCUACAAUUCAAUAUAAUGAUAUAUCUGAACAAAAUGACGAACAAAUAAUAAUAAAUGAUAACGAACAAUCGAUUAAUUUAUGUCCAUUAAAUGAUGAUAGUGAAGACAAAGGGGUUCAUGUACAAUAUGAACUUCCAAUGUCUAAUGAUUUAAAUGAAGUUAACAGAAUAACACCCGAACCAUCAAAUGAAGUUCAUGGACAAUAUGAACUUACAAAUGAAAUCGAAAUGAUCUCUGAUGAUGAUGAACACCAAGAAUUAAAUGAUAAUGAACGUCCACAUAAAAUGCAACAUGAAACAUUAACAAGAACGCAAAGAAAAAAUCUUUUUGAAAUAUCAAGAUUAUGUUUUUUUAAUAUAUUACGUAAUGUAUCAACAGUAUGUUCAGCUACUUCACAUGGUUGUUCAACAACUUCUAAUACAGAUCUCACAAUAUCGGAUUGA